CACAUACACUAUUUUUAGGAGGCUAAAACUAUCUAUAUCAAGCAGCUAAAGAAGCUGUGAAGCAUAGGCAGACAUACACAGGCAAGUCCCAACAAUAGGGGCAAAAAUAUGGAGUGCUCUGUAGAUCGUCCGGAGUUGGUACUAAUUCUUGGGUCCAAGACCGGGAGCCCUCCACAGCAAUAAUUGGCCCGACUCGCAAGUCGGACGGAUAUUACGCCGCAAGGUUGAUCAAGUGGGAGUGGCUUGCGAGAUCCUCGCCCCACACAGUUCGCAAGAUCCAUUCCACCGCAGCUAGUGAACGUUUAGGGACUUAAAUCGCCAAUUAGGUCCUUACUGCGAGAUAAUUUCCAAGGCCCUCCGAGAAGAUCCAAUAGUAUAUUCUUUUCCUAGCUGGAGCCGAGGUGAUGAUUUGGUGAUCAACCGAGCGAGCACUCAAAAGAUUCAUAAGGUACUGGACAGAAACGUGUAAAAGCCGCCGUCUCGCUUCUAAAAUAUGAGAAAGUGGAAGAUUAAACAAUAUUACACAACUGAAUAUGGCUACCGCAGGGAUUGAACGCCGUGUGGAUAUCAAAAUUGCUUCGUCCUCGAAGGACUUUAUGUGUGGAUGGCUUUACUCGUCUCAGAUAUUCACCGCAUCGAACCCCGGGCCAGCCAUUGUCUUAGCCCACGGCCUGGGUGGAACGAAAGAGCUAAAACUCGAUGUAUAUGCCGACAGUUUCAAUCAGAUAGGAUACACAUGUGUUGUCUUCGACUACCGUUGCAGCGGUGGAUCUGAGGGUCUGCCAAGAGGUCUGAUUGACUGGAAUCAACAGCAAGCGGACUGGAAAUCUGCGAUCAAAUAUACACGUCAGCUGGAGAACGUCGAUCCGAACCAAGUCGGCCUUUUUGGAACAUCUUUCAGCGGGGGCCAUGUCAUUCAGCUGGCCGCUACUGAUAAGAAUCUCAAAGCAGUCAUCUCCCAAUGUCCCUUUACUUCUGGUUGGCAGAGUACACUUUGUAAAGGGUUGGCGGCCGUCCCGAGGCUUGCAGGGCUUGCUCUGUUGGAUAUUCUCUUUGGCUCGGACAACAAGCCAAUAACUGUACCGUUGACUGGAAAGCCAAGUGAGGCGGCUCUGAUGAACGCUCCAGAUGUGCUCAGUACAUUUCCGUUACUUAUCCCUGAAGGACAUCCGUUUCAGCAACAAAUCCCUGCUCGCCUGACUUUAAAGUUUCCUCUCCUGAGACCUGGCUCUUAUGCAUCUAAUGUGGAAUGUCCGAUCCUUUUCGGUAUAUGUGGUAAAGACUCAGUUGCACCCGCAGGCCCAACUUUGGCAUAUGCGAAGACAGCCCCUCAAGGAGUGAUCAAGUGGUAUGAAACUGGUCAUUUUGAAAUCUACUAUGGUCAACCAUUCAAACAAGCUAUACAGGAUUACAAGCAGUUCCUCCUAGAAUAUUUGCCAAUUGAGCGACAGGGAGAGGCAUAACCGAACCAACCAUAACUUCGAGGGAAAGAUUUUGUGUGAGACUACGAGAAAACAAGAAUGAUAUAUCCCUGUUCAUUAAUGAGUGCGGGCUACCGCAGUUAAUACUUCCUUAUGGUCUUCUCCGGUAACCUCGUCUAUUAUACAUGUGGUGAUGGUCGGGGGUGUUGCUUUUGACACGAUGCCUGAGGCAGACUUAUUGAUAUGGGCCUCCAGAGGAGGGCCUGUAACACUCCGUAAGAUAUCAGUAGAUCCUGGUCUCUAUAUCGAAGGACCUAAUUUCCCUAUGAUGUGGUUCUCUCUUUUGACUUUUUGUUC